AUGAUAUUCUUUACUUACUUCUUAUUGAUUUAAUUAAAUGAAAAAUAAGAAAAAUUGGAGGAGAAAAUAAAUGAUCAUAAAUUUAAUUUAGAUACUGUAAUAAAAAUAGAAAGAAAAGUUGAGGUACAAGCUGUUCUUCAUUUCAGCAAUUAAAACUAUACUCCCAGAAAAAAAAAUACAAGGAAAUAGUCCUGUUCAAACCCAAAGAAAAAGAGAGACAACACACAAAAACUCGUCACUUUUCUUUAUCAGCUUUUAUUUUAAAAGAAAAACAAUUCCUACUAAGAUAACCACAGCUUUGCAAACUAUUAAUUUGUCUCAACGAAUAGAUAGCCUGACCAAUUAACUUGA